AUGGAAGUUAAAGAUAGAUGCUGGAAUGCUGAGAUCCUUAGUUUAUAUGAAGCCGCAAACUGCUUAGAUGAGGAUUUAGCCAUUCGGGGGUCAGAGUUGCGUGAGUCAGUUGAGGGUGAGGAUAGGAAAGAAGAUGAGUUUUUAGCAAAACUUGCAGAGGCUGAAACCCCCUUGUAUCCAACGUGUUCGAGUCAUAGCAAGCUAUCAGCUGUAGUUUCAUUGUUCAGGAUUAAGUCUCAGAAUGGGUGGUCAGACAAGAGCUUUGAUGACUUACUGCAAACUUUGCCGAACAUGUUACCUGAAGACAAUGUGCUGCACACAUCAACUUAUGAUGUCAAGAAGUUUUUGAAAUCUUUUGAUAUGGGAUAUCAAAAAAUUCAUGCUUGUGUGAACGACUGCUGCUUAUUUAGAAAGAAGCUGAAGACGGCUGAGAGUUGCCCAAAAUGCAAGGCGUCUAGAUGGAAGACCAACAUGCAUACUGGUGAAAUCAAGAAGGGUGUUCCACAGAAGGUUUUGAGAUACUUUCCAGUAAUACCUCGCCUGAAAAGGAUGUUCAGAUCGGAGCAACUUGCAAUGGAUUUACGAUGGCAUUUCAAUAACAAGAGCAUAGAUGGGAAACUGCGCCAUCCAGUAGAUUCUGUUACUUGGCAGUCAAUGAAUGACAAGUAUCCGGCGUUCGCAGCGGAGGAGAGGAACUUGCGACUUGGGCUUUCAACAGAUGGGUUUAAUCCCUUCAGUAUGAAGAACAGCCGAUACAGUUGUUGGCCUGUGUUACUGGUGAAUUACAACAUUGCUCCUGACUUAUGUAUGAAGGAGGAGAACAUAAUGCUCAGUCUGCUGAUUCCAGGACCCCAUCAACCAGGCAAUAGUAUAGAUGUAUACUUAGAACCUCUGAUAGAAGAUUUAAAACAUCUGUGGUGCAUAGGCGAGUUAACAUACGAUGCAGUUAGUAAGACAACCUUUACGCUUAAGGCAAUGCUUCUUUGGACUAUUAGUGAUUUCCCCGCAUAUGGGAAUCUUGCUGGUUGUAAAGUGAAGGGUAAGAUGGGUUGUCCUAUAUGCGGGAAGCACACAGAUAGUUUGUGGCUGAGUAAUAGUAGGAAAUUUGUAUUUAUGGGCCACCGGAAAUGUUUGCCUCCCUUACAUAGUUUCAGAGGAAAGAAGACUUGGUUUGAUGGGAAAACUGAACAUGGGACAAAGGGAAGGAUACUGACGGGUAGGAAUGUCUCAUUUGUGCUGAGAAAUUACAAUAAUGUGUUUGGUAACAGAAAACAGUCUGGGAAACAGAGAGCUACUCGAGUUGACAUACCAUCUGAUAACGAGGAGGAACUAAUUGAAUCUGAUGAAGAUGAAGAUAUAGGAUAG